CCCGACCCGGGCCCUCCGGAGCGUGUGCAGCGGGGAGCCGGCGGGCGAGCGGGCGUCCCUACAGCCAGCGAGCAGGAGGAGGAGCCGCCGCCGCGCCGGAGACGGCCGGGGGAGCCGAGGAGGGCGCCCCAGGUGGCUGCCCCCUCCCUCUCCUGAGAUGUCAGGAAGGAGGGGGCCACCUGUGUCCCCAACAGGGGCCCCCCGGAGCCUGGGGGCCCCCAGCCCCAGAGCUCGGAGGUGGAGGAGGUGCUGACAGGUGCUCAGCAAGAUGCUCCCCCACCUCUCAGGCUCUCUCCCCAUCCUCCUGCUUUUCCUCCUCCCCAGUGUCCCGAUGGAGCCCCACGCCCCACCCUCACCCCUGCCCCCAUUUCCAGCCCCUGAGUGGGACCUCUUGUCCCCCCGGGUGGCUCUGUCCAGGGGUACUCCCACGGGGCCCCCUCUGCUCUUUCUGCUGGAGUCUGGGGCCUUUGGGGAGCCAGCCGGCAGCCCAGCUAACCGCAGCCGGCGAGGGGUGAGCGAGACAGCACCAGCCAGUCGCCGUGGAGAGCUGGCCGUGUGUGACGCAGUCAGCGGCUGGGUGACAGACCGCCGGACUGCUGUGGACCUGCGUGGGCGCGAGGUGGAGGUGCUGGGCGAGGUGCCUGCGGCUGGUGGCAGUCCCCUGCGCCAGUACUUCUUUGAAACCCGCUGCAAGGCUGCCAGCGCUGGGGAAGGUGGCCCUGGUGGGGGUGGAGGAGGCUGCCGGGGUGUGGACCGGAGGCACUGGGUGUCUGAGUGUAAGGCCAAGCAGUCCUACGUGCGGGCAUUGACCAACGAUGCCCAGGGCCGUGUGGGCUGGCGAUGGAUUCGAAUUGACACCGCCUGUGUCUGCACGCUCCUCAGCCGGACUGGCCGGGCCUGAGAACCAGGCCCAGAACUGGGCAGGUAGAGGAAGAAGGAGCUGGAUACUGAAAGACCUCAGGAGUAGCCUGGCUGCUCUGGGCCUCAGUCUGGGAACUUGUCAAAUGGUCACAAGAAAAAUCACAAUGCUCUGGUUUUGAGAGCUCAUUCUGGGAAAGACAGAUGGUGAAACCAAAUGGGGUUUUGAAAGAUGAAUAGGAGUUCUCCUGGAUGAACUUGAGGGUAAAAAUGAUGACGAUGAUGAUAAUAGCCAAUAUUUUCUGAGUGUCUACUGUUUAUGAAC